AAAAAUCAGCUAAAAAUGGAUAUUUAGAAGCAAAUUUUAUACUUGGAUAUUACUAUGUAAAUGGAAUUGGAACUGAAAUUAAUAAAGAAAAAGGAUUUGAAUUAUAUAAUGAGGCAACUGGAUGAAAUAGAUGAUUAUUUGGGUAAAGUUAAUUAUUGGUAUCAUAAAUCUGCAGAAAAUGACAAUAAACUUGCAUUGUAUAAAUUAGGAGAAUAUCAUGAAUUAGGAAAAGGCAUUUGUAAAAAUGUAAUGCGAGCAAUUGAAUUUUAUGAAAAAUCAGCCAACCAAGGAUUUAUAGAUGCUUAUUAUAAGCUUGGAUAUUUUUAUAGUAAUGGAAUUCAAUAUGAUGUUAAUAAAGAGAAAGCAUUUGACUUAUAUAAAAUAGCUGCAGAAGGAGGAAAUGUUGAAGCACAAAGAAAGCUUGCAAUUUUAUAUUUAGAUGGUGAAGGAACUGAAGAAAAUAUUGAAUUGGCUAAGUAUUGGUAUAAUGUGGCUAAA